AUGAUGACAUUAUCGCCUCAGACGCUCUCCUGUGAUACUAACCCACGCCGACAUACUGCUGGACGAGCAGCCAGCACAAACACCGCAGGAAAGAGAAAGGUAUACGGGAAACGAAAAGCCGAUGCACCAAAGGCGGUAUUUGAGCAAAAUAGUCCACGAAAGUCUGGGGAGAAGACCGGCAGCGCUGCGAUUCAAGAUGCUGUGGAUGUCAUCCAGGCCAAGUUGGCCGACGUCCAAAUAGACGAAACACCUACAACUGAGCUAGCAAGGGCCGAUAUCAAGGAAACUAGCAAGGCCGCAAACCAAAUAAACACUAUCGAAAAGACACCUUCGUCAGAUCCAAAGCCACCGAAAGCCUCCGAGCCGACGGAAAUAUCACCCCCUACGCACACCCCGGUCGUUGAGAGAAGGUAUCAAACAAUGGUGGAAGUUCGGAUAGCGCCAAGGGAUAUCACACAAAGCCCACAAGUACAGCAAAAGGAAUCUACAAACCCAGAGAGUGUCAAACGAGCAGGAAGGAAAAAGAAGCCUAUUCAGAGGCUUUCGUCUGGAUGUGUAUCAGACGACAUAGCAAAUGCCUACGUCCGCCCUAUUCUGAAUGGAGCCCUCGCGCCGUCAGCAGCGCAAAGCAUCCAAAAAUUCGACUCAUGGGCUGCUCGUGCGGGUACAAUGUUCGAGGUAGUCAAACUUGCAGAAGGUUCUUAUGGAGAGGUUUACAAACUCCGAUUGCGUGAAGAUAUAUGCCAGAGUGAAAUGUCCAAGUCCAAACUUGCUCGUCUGAGGGCGUACGGUGAUGGUGUCUUCAAGGUCGUUCCGCUGAGAGCCCAGAAGGGAGCCGGCUCGAAGAAGUUUACCAGCAUCGAGGAACUCGUGGCGGAAGUCAAGAUGUUAAAAUAUCUCGAUCCUAUCCCGGGCUUUGCCCGCUUCCGGGAUAUUCACGUCGUCCAAGGUCGUUUUCCUGAGUCUUUCCAAAAAGCGUGGGAGCACUACAGAAAAACAAAGGACGACUGUCUAAACCCAAACCCUUCAAGUAAAAGAGCUUAUCCUGACACACAAAUCUGGGCAAUCGUGGAGAUGGACGAUGCCGGAUGCGAACUAGAAAAGUUCUCUUGGUCAUCCAUUUUUCAAGUUUAUGAUAUAUUUUGGGGGGUUGCCAUGGCUCUUGCUCGUGCCGAAGAAUAUGCUUUAUUUGAGCACCGAGAUCUUCAUCUGGGGAAUGUGUGUAUCAAAAGCACAAGGCCUGACGGUCGCAUGGAUCCUCCAACCGACCUUGAAACCACGAGUCAAUCAUCCCAAAGUGGCUUCGGGCUCAGCACAUUGGAGACUACCAUUAUUGAUUACUCACUUUCCCGUGCAGAGCUAAUAGUGGACGAAGCCUCAACCCUUACGGAGGUCACGUCGUCAGACCUAGAUAAGAAGCAGAUCUUCGAUGCAGUCGGCCAAGACGAAGACGAAAUUCUAUUAAGAGACACAUAUCGCCACAUGCGUGCGCAAGUCUAUAAAGGCAGUCCCGUGGAUACUGAAAAAACACCAGAUAUCCCAGGAAUCUGGUCUGAAUACGCGCCCCGAACGAACCUUAUAUGGCUGCGAUUCCUCCUAAAAAACCUACUGAAGAACAAAAAGCCUGAGAGUCUAUCACGCCCGCCUCUUGCUCCCUGCUCACCGAAUAAAGAAAUCAACAAGCAGGCAAGCAAGUCAGGGAAAAGGGGCGAGACAACCAAGGGCCCACUUAGCCCGGGGGCUCAGGCUAGAGUUUCUCAGCUAAAGCAUACGCUAGAGGAAAGACUAAACGCUACUCUUGAACUCCUUGAUCUCGAACACGGGCAUGAAGAUAUGUGCUGUGCGGCAGAUUUGGUUGCCUUCGCGAUUGAUGCGCAGUGGCUGGAUGAGAAAGACUUCUUCUGA